AUGGCGAGCGCGACUCCCAGUGAGAGUGUGGAUAGUGAGUUGCGCUGCUCCAUCUGCCUGGGCACGUUCGUCUGCCCCUCCACGCUGAGCUGCGGACACUCGUUCUGCCUGCGGUGCCUGGAGGCCGCCUGGGAGACGGCGAGCAGCUUCAGCUGCCCGCAGUGCCGAGCGACCUUCCCUGUGCGACCCCAGCUGAGGAGGAACGUGGCCCUCGCCAACCUGGCGGAGCAGCUCAGAGUUGGAGACAGGAUGGCCGCGGUUGUUGUGUGUGACAACUGCACUGACGGUCAGACUCCUGCAGUGAAGACUUGCGUGAGAUGCGAGACGUCCUACUGUGCGACGCACUUGAAGCCUCACUUGGAGAAUACCAGGUUGAGAGAACACCUCCUGGUGGCUCCCAUCGCGAACCUGGAGGAGCGACGCUGCCGGGAGCACAGACAGGAGCUAGUUCUUUACUGUGAACAGGACAAGAUCCCGGUCUGCCCAGUCUGCCCCGUCGCAGGAGACCACUCCGGGCACAGGGUCAUCACAGUGGAAAAAGCGCAACAGACAAGACAGGAGGAGCUCAGAGUCAGGAAGGAGGGGAGAGAGGAGAAGAGGAACACGGCGGCGUCACGGACACGGACACUCAGGGACGACUACCGGCACGUGGAGGAGUCUGUGCGUGGGACCAAGGCGCGGAUCAGCCGAGAGUUUGAGCGCCGGAGGAAGCAGCUGAGGGAGGAGGAGAGGGAGGCGCUGAAGCGCGUGGACGAGGAGGGCCGCUCCGUGCUGUCCCGCAUCCAGGCGGACAUCGCUCGCUACGAGAGCAGAGCACGCGGCCUGGAGCAGGAGAUCAACCAGCUGCUCGCCGCCCUCGCCGUGCAGGACCCGCUCUCCUUCCUGCAGGUGGAUCCCCUGCAUGAGAAUAUCAGGAUCUUGGACUCGCAGGGGAUCCAGGAUGCGCCUCCUCCCACAUUCAGUCCCCAAGAGCUCACAGAGGUCAUCUCGCUAGGAGGAGUGAAUACGAUGCGCGUGGCUCUCGUGUAUGGACGCUCACCGACUCUGGACACAAACUCAGCCAGCGACGACCUCCAGAUUUCCUCGGAUCUCAGGACGGCGACGCUGAGCCGUGUCCCCCAGGGUCGCCCCCAUCACCCACACCGCUUUCACUGCCGGCACCAAGCCCUGUGCUCUGAGAGCUUCUCGUCGGGUCAGCACUACUGGGAGGUGGACGUGGGGAGCGCGAGGGGGUAUCGGGUUGGAGUCGCGUACGGGACGAUCGCACGGAGAGGGCGUUGUGAUGAGUGCCGCCUGGGAGUGAGCGACGUCUCCUGGUGUCUACAGAAACAAGUCGACAGCUUCUCAGUGUGGCAUGGCGGGGUAGUGACGUCACUGUCGGUGCCGCAGCCUCCGCGGAGAGUCGGGGUCCACCUGGACUGGGACGCGGGGCUGCUGUCGUUUUACAACGCCGACUCCAUGGCGCCGUUGCACUCGUUUAAUAAAACUUUCACUCAGCCCCUACACCCUGGGCUGAUGGUGGGGUUGGGUGACUCAGUGAGGAUUGUGGAUCUGAGUGCCUCAGUAGAUGGUGUGGACAAGUUCCGCGAGCGAGUGGCAGCAGUGCCUUGGGAGGCCGUGACGGCUCACGAGUUGGUGGCUGUCAGCACCACAGCCGCCUGGCUUCGCCUCUGCCCAGCAGCGAUGUUCACCGCACAGCGCGCCAGGCAGGAUGCCUUUGGUGCCGAGUCGACCUAG